AGAGAGAGAGAGAGAGAGAGAGAGAAGUACCUACCGUCACCCCUCUCACUCUCACUCACUCUCACUCACUCACCAGGAUAAAGAAAAUGGGAAAUAUUGGAAAUGGAAAACGGCAGUUAUUUCAAGUGGUCGCCGCCCUCACUACUGGGUUCCUUGUAGGCCUGGCGCUGUCCCCGCCCACGUCCGCGCCCGCCCACACGCCCAUCCCGUCUUCCCCUGUCGUCUCAGACCUGCCCCGCCCCGCCACCGACCCCGCUAAAAGCACCACCACCACCAUCACCACCACCACCACCACCACCACUGCCACCACCACCACCACCACCACCAUGCCCAAACUUAAUGCCUCCCACACGCCCACACGCCCACACAAAGUGUGCCACAACACGGUGGCAGAGAAACUAAUGCGAGAGGUUAGAAUACUCUGCCUUGUCCUCACCUAUCCUGCGCGCCAUAUCACGCACGCCCUGCCCGUUCAGCGCACGUGGGGGAAGCGAUGCACUAAAACAAUGUAUAUAACGAAUGCAGACCCGGAGAAGCAGAAAAAUGGCAAGAAAGAGAAGGAAAAGGUGAAAAUUAAUAAGGGUGUGGUUCUGCAGCCCGAUGAUGUUAAUGAAUUGUCUUUUAUAAAGGUACCGGACACUAGGCUAGGGAAGGAUGGCCUGUGGAACAAGACGAAGUUCGCCUUCACGUACGCCCACGACCACUACCUAGACGACUUUGACUGGUUCGUAAAGGCUGAUGAUGACACUUACUUAAUUAUCGAGAAUCUUCGCUACUGGUUGCACGAUAAGGACCAGGACAAGCCGCUAUUCUACGGGGCACACUUCACCCCUUACGCUCCCAAGGGCUACAUGAGCGGGGGAGCGGGGUACGUGCUGAGCCGAGGAGCACUGCGGGAGUUCUACAAGGUCACCAGCACCAGCACCGCCACCACUUACAGUGAAGAGGACCUGCAGAUGGUCCUGGCAGCUGGCGGCGUGUACCCAAGCGACCUCAGGGACAGAGACGGGCGGCCUUUGUUCUUCCCGCUGGACGCCGCCUAUGUUAUGCAGCCGCGGGAGAAAGACCACAGCUUUUGGUACUGGAAGAUCUUAGCACACGACCAUCCCACGGGGCUGACGUGCUGCAGUCCUCUCACCAUCUCCUUUCACUACAUCACGGGAGCGGCUGUGUACCAGAUGGAGUUUUUCAUCUACCAUUUGAAACUGUUUGGGGUGAACGAGGCGAUAGGAGCGUGCUAAGUGUGUGUGUGUGUGUGUGUGUGUGUGUGUGUGUGUCCACGAGCCUAAAGAAAGUUAUGUGCAUCAUUAGAAGGAACAUUAAAGCAAGAAGAGGAGAAAUUAGUGAAGGAUGAGGUAACAGAAAGGUUAAGGAGAUAGAAGGAGGUAGGAAUGUUUAAGAGAGAGAGAGAGAGAGAGAGAGAGAGAGAGAGAGAGAGAGAGAGAGAGAGAGAGAGAGAGAGAGAGAGAGAGAGAGAGAGAGAAUGUUUUGUUAUGUAUUUUAUUCGUCUUUUUUUUCGUUAUUUCGUUUUGUUGUGUACCUCUCUCUCUCUCUCUCUCUCUCUCUCUCUCUCUCUCUCUCUCUCUCUCUCUCUCUCUCUCUCAUCAUGGCUUUCUCGCUGCUCACUGCUAUUCAAAUAAACUCCACAUUGACCUCUGUUGACCUCUUGUAUAGCGGCGAGGUCACGGGGAGCGGGGGAGUGGGGUGGCGGAGGCCGUGUGAGGCAGGCGGGUUGGGAAACCUCACGUAAUUUGUCUCCACGUGGCGAAGGAACACGGCACCCACGAACCUAAAUAAAAAAUAAAUAAAUAAAUAAAAAGGAACGUUAUGCGUUGUUUAUUUACUUUUUUUUGUGAUUCAAGGGUGACUGUGGUAAGAAAAAUAAAUGUUCUUUGGAUGAUUUCGUUAUUUUUCGUGUUAUUUUUGCAUGGUUUUGGCGUUCAUUGGUGGAGACUUGUACAGAAAAGUUUGUGGAUUUUUUUAUAUAUAAUGAUUCAAGGGCGAAUGACGCAAAAAAAAUUGAUGUUCUUAUGAUUAUUUAAUUAUUUUCCUGUAUUAAUUUGCAUGGUUUCAAUGUUUGUGGAGAUUUGCAUUGAUACGUUUGUUAUGAGUAAUUUCUUGUUAUGAGUAAUUUCUAUUUUUUCCAUGAUGAAGAGAUAAACGUAAUAAGGAUUCGAUUAUUACUACUCGUGGUAAUCUGUAAAGCCUCAGUCAAUGUGGAGAGGAAGGUUUGUUAUGCGCAGUUCACUUAUUAUCGCUCUUUUUUUACGAUUCAAGAGUGACUGACGUAAAAAAAUACUGUUCUAAAUGUUGCUAAUUAUUUCCUGCCUUGACGUGCACGUACUCAGUCAUUGCUUGAGUGUGUGGAUGAGUGAAGAGAAAGGUUGUGUAGUCCCGGCCUCUCUCAAGGCUGAAUGGGAGGUCACAGGGAAAGGCGAGGUAUUGUGGCCUUUCCUGUUCGUUUUGAUUAUA